AUGGCCCCAUUUAGCACCGAAAGCAUACUUCUCUAUCGCCGAGGAGGCUACCACCCGGUGCAUCUUCGAGACCGCAUCUACGAGCGCUAUGUGAUUGAGCACAAGCUGCGCCACGACAGCCGGUCCACGACUUGGGUAGCUCGCGACCUCAAAAAGAACCGGCUUGUCUCGAUCCGGAUCUUUAUUGCCGCCGUCUCGGAAGAAGGUUAUACUGAAGCCGAAGUUUUGUUCCACCUGCGACCAGAGCCAGCGCCGCCUCGUUCGGUAUGGCAGCGGCUGGGUGGUCUGUGGGUGCAGGACCAGCCCAAGCCUCAAGCCUCGUUCUUCCCCGCGCUUCUGGAUCACUUCACCAUUUCUGGACCUAAUGGCGAUCACCGCUGUAUUGUCAGCGAGGUGCUAGGUAACAGCAUCGGUGAUCUCAUGGAGGAUCCCGUACAGGAGUUUGAGUUUCCUAUGAACGCGGCGCGCAAGAUCGGGGUCAAGAUGGUCCAUGCGGUGGCCGAACUACAUUCCCGCCAGGUAGUCCAUGGUAGUCUCAAUCCUAGGAAGUUCUCCCUGACCAUCCCCGGCGUCGACUCGUGGACCCCCGAGGAGCUGCGUAAGUACUUCGGAGAGCCCAGCAAGUUAAUAAUGCAGGACCUGUGCAACCGCCACCGCUUCGGCGGCCGCCGGUACGAGCCGCGGCCGAGUCCGCAGCGCCCAGAGUACCUCGUCGAGAGCCCGCCGCUGAUCCAGCUAACCUCGCUCUGCCUCGAGUCUCCGGGCAUCAAGAUAACCACCUUCAAUACCGCCUUCUACUAUAUCGAAGGCGACGAGGUCCAUAAGACGAUCCUGACGCAGCCAUCGUUCGCGUCGCCGGAGAUUCAAUGUCACGACGUGCUCACUCCCGCGUGCGACAUCUGGUCUUUAGGUUGCGUUCUGCAUCACAUAUUCAGCAACAACUACAUGUGGGUGCCGCUGACGGGGUGCUACCAGGACACGCUGAUCGACCUGACAUUGUGUUUCGCGAAGCUGCCUGAGCCAUGGUGGAGCCGGUGGAGCGAUCGCGCGCGGUAUUUCAACGAGUACGGACACCUGAUGCAUCACAUGGCUGCUGACGGCGGUGCUGUCCCCAAGGGCAGCGAUCUCAUCUCGAGGAUUUGCUAUGCGAGGAUGCAUAGAGAGGGUGUACACGGCAUGGGCGGUGAGGAGUUCGAGUGGUUCAGACACGUCAUGAUCGGCAUCUUUAGGCUGCUGCCGAGUGAGAGGUUCGAUGCCAAGGAGGUCGUCAGGUACCUUCCCCCCCGCUGGCUGGACGAGGUCGAGAAAGACGAGGGCAGGAAGGACGAGGGUAGGAAGAAAUAGGCGG